AUGAUUUCAUAUUACAUUGGCCAAUCAGACCGGUUUGUCAGGCUAGCUUACCAGAGUAGUACCAUUACAGGGUUGGAAAAUCAUAACAAAUUUAUCAUUUUAGCUAUUAAAAUGUUACUUAUAGUGACAAAAAAGUAUAAAGCAAAGUUGAAACCAAAGCAAGAGCUGAUUGUAUAUUAUCGCUUGGGGAAAUUGUACCUUAUUGAGACAACAAACAUACACAAAGCAGAAGAGUACAUCAAUAAGGCUCUAGAUAUCGCCAAUUUCCAUGAAUUCAAGCAAAUUCGAUUCUAUUGUGAGCUAUUGCUUGCCCAGAUUUUAGAAACCACCAACCUCAAACUAUGUGCCAAUUAUGUAUUUUCAAAAGGUCAGUAUUAUAAACAAAAGGGAGACCAUGUCUAUUCUAAUUUAUUUCAAUUAUUGAGAAUUAAAAGCUUAAUAGUUUCAGAUUGUGCAACUGCAUUAGUUGUCCUUCAGGGCCUGAUUCUAGAUCCUAAUUUAAAUGAUUCGAUCAAGUGUCUUUGUUUGAUUUAUGAAGCAAAUUUACAUUGUUAUCGAGGCUCACCAGACAUUGCCAUCAAGUUAUUAGGAGAAGCGGAACAAUUAGCUUAUAGGGACGGUGAUAACCCAAUCAUGCCAGUUCAAAUUGAUGGAAUGAUAUUAUUAUGCAGAUUAACCGCAUAUCUGAAUAUGAAUAUGGUUGCGGAAGCUGAAAGCUGCAGAAAGUUGAUUUCAAACUAUAUAAAAGCGCAAACUGAAGAGGGUUGGAAAUCGUGGAAUGAUAAUGGGAUUGUUAGAGUAGAGAUUGACGAGUUGGAUCAUGAUACCACAAUUCCAUUUCUCUUUCGUUGGUUGAACUCGGAUGAGUUCGUCAUUACUUACUAUCUAAUUACAGGAUCUACGUAUAUGUCACAUGAUGGUUAUAGUGAAAAAGUGUUUGAUAGAUGUUUGCAGAUGAUAAGUGACCAAAAGAAGAGAAUCUCAAAUGGAGGAAGCAAGUCAUUACUUUCGCCCCGGGAAGUCGCGAAUAGAAUGUUGAAACUAAGAUAUUUGCAAUUUGUGAUUGCUUUCUAUAAAACCUGGAUUGGGUUUCUUAAAGGCGAAUACAAGAAAAUAACCAAUAUGAAUGUAUUCAUGAAUGAAAACAACAGUAAAUUCUCAAGUGAAGAGUAUUCUUGUUUUAAGCCAUUGUUACCUUUAAUUUAUUAUAUGUUUGCAGCAUUUUAUCAAGACAAAGGUGAUAUACAAGCUGCUAAAUAUUACUACCUUAAGGUGAGAACCAUGACCAGUUCCAAUAUGUCCCAAGAAACUAAGAAGAGUCCAGAACAAAUAAUAAACACAUCACUAUUCCAAUUGCAAUUGGGAAUAGGAUGUGAUGCUUUGGCAGCCAAGGGCCAAUUUAAUGAAUUGUAUGUGUUUUCAAGUAUACAGCUUUAUAUCUUGCUUGAAUUUCAAUUGACGGAAAUCAAACAAAAUGUUUCUAAUGUCAAAGAUCAGCAAAUGCUUGAAGAUCAUGUAAAUUUAAAACUGGAGUUGGUACAAGAGUUGAGAAAUAUCUUCAAAGCCAAGCAAACUUCUAAUAGCUUUGCUGUGAAUUUUACUGGUUCAAAUCUAAUGUUGACCAUAACUUAUUUCUUAGUAAAUGAUAUUUUAUCAGAAACACAAGAAGGUGACAAGUCCGGUAUUGAACCAAGUCUUGAAGCUUCCUUCCAUACAGGGUUAAAACUCUUGGGAAAGAAGACAACAUUCACGCUUAUGCAUUUCUUAAUCAGCAACUAUAUUUUAACGAAAUCUUCCAAUAUGGAUCAAAAGGAACGAAUUUCAGAAAUGGUCAAGGAACAAGUGGCCCAAAAUGGUUUAAAAUCACCACAAUCUACCCCCGAUUUAUCAAAAAUUAUCCGAGUAAUGUUGUUGAAGCACUUGCAAAAAAAAUACCACAGUGUGGGAGAUUUACAAAAUGCAAAGAUGGCCGAACUUCAAUCACUGUAUUAUUAUAAGUGCUUACAGGAUAAGUUUAAGUUUUUGUUUGAAAACACAAGGUAUUUUGAUAAAGGAGAUAUACCAGUAGCUAAGAUAAAUUCAGAGAGUCCACCCACCACAUCAGACUCUGUUGAAAGGAAGCAGUUGGAUAGAUAG